GGGGAUGAGUUUUUAAAAUUUAAAAUUCAGAUGAUUUUAAAAAAGAUGCUGAUAUUAAGAGAAUAGAAGAUGUGAGUAUUUAAUUUAAUUUUUGUUUUCUUUUGGUUGGUUUCAACUUUGAAGAAGGAUGGUUUCAAGAAUGGAGAUUUGGGUUAAGCAGACUAACUAACUACUAACUACUCUUAUCUCCGCUUCUCCCGUGUCUCCUUCCUGCCAUUGAUGAAUUCCCUAGAAUAACAAUUGAAUCCCUUCACUGCAUCAACUAGUGUCCUCACUUAGCUUCGUCGCGCCAUUUUUUUCUUUUGCUGCAACAACUACAACAAUUGAGGGUUGCAUCACUUGCAUCACUCGUACCGGUAUUUCCAUUCUUCAUCUCUUCUAUCUUUUCUCUCUUUCAAUUUUCAUUUCAUUUUCGUUCAUAUUCAAAUUUCUAUUUAACUAUUGAUGAUCGUUAAAUAUUGCUUAAUUUCGUGCGAGAAUAAUCAAAUUAGGGUUUUCUAACCUCACUUUCUCCCUUUCCCUCUUUCGUUAAUUGGCUUAUUUGCGUCUGCUUCUUUCUAUUAAUGAUUUCGAUUAUCUCUUCUCUCCCAUGUCCGAUUUCAAAUGCCUUCAACCUCAUUCAACUCUUAUCCCUCUCUUUAACAAACUUUAGUUGUUUGAUAUUUGACUCGAUAUGAAUUGGAUUGGUACCCUCAUGAUUUGUUACCGCCAGGUCGGGUUGAUUUGUGUUUCUCUCUUCUAGGAAAAACCCUUAAGCUUGAGUAUCCCCGUUACUUGAAUAGUUGAAUGAGUAUGCGUUUAUAUAGAAAUUUUAAAAUAUAUUAAAUUUGUUAUAUUUGCAAAGUAAUAUUUUUUUGUUGAUUUUAGAGAAGAAUUUGAUAAAAAGUUCAAAACAUUGAAUGGGUGGAUGAGACUAUUUCUUUGAUAUGAAAAUUCAGAGCACGAACUCUGAUGUUGUGACAUAUACAUCUUGGGGCCUGUACAGUUCUUGCUUUCAGGUUGUGGCCAAGGGUUUGUUGAUUGAAAUGUUAGAGCGCAAGAUUGUACCUAAUAUUUGUACCUUCAAUAUGGUAGUUUACAUGUUAAAAAUGAGUAUGUUGUGGAAGCCGAAGCCGGUCUAUGGUUUUUGUUUGAGAGAAGUGAAGCUAUGAGCAUCAUACUUUACAGUGCUAUAGUUGCUGGAUAUUGUUUACUUGGUCAGAUGGAAGAUACAGCAAAUCUACUUGACAUCAUGGCCUAUGUUGUUUGGUGCCUGAUGUUGCUGAGGAAUAGUUAGAAAAUUGAGGCGAGAAGCAUUCGUCCCUUGCAGAUUUAGAUGGGUCAAAUUCAAACAGCGUACAAGAAGAAGAUCAAGAGCAAGAAAAGGCCAAAAUUUGAUUCAAAAGAGGAAUACUUUAUCAAGAAUGGAGGUAUUUUGUUGGAAAAACAAAUUGCUCUUAGCCAAGGGCAACAUAAAGGAGCAGGGCAGCUUAAAAUUUUCUCAAGGGAAGAUAUGGAGAAGGCUACAAACAAUUAUGACCCUGCUCUCAUUGUUGGUAGUAGUUCUUAUGGAACUAUCUAUAAAGCUAUCCUUGAAGACCGUAUUGUAGCUGUCAAAGUCCCGCCACUGGUCGAUCCAAAUUCCAAACUAGUUGAUCUCUACUUAACUGAAGUCUCGACAUUAAUGGUCAUGAAUAAUGACAAUAUGGUAAAACUCUAUGGUUGUUGCCUCGAAACAUUUAUACCAAUGUUAGUGUAUGGAUACAUGUCAAAUGGAGGCCUCUUUCAACUUCUACAUGGCGAUGUUCCAUCUAGCUUGAGGAUUAAGUGGGCAGAUCGUUUGAGAGUUGCUACUGACGCAGCCUACGCACUGUCCUAUAUGCAUAAUGCCUUAUUAAAGCCUGUGGUGCAUAGGAAUGUAACGUCAGUCAAUAUAGUACUGGAUCAUUCAUUACAUGGAAAACUAUCAAACUUUUUCUAUUCAGUGUCCAUUACCCCAAGAGAGACACAGAAAUGGCCUGUUGAAGGAACUCCAGGAUAUAUUGAUCCCGAAUACAUAGAAACUCAAAAGGUGACUGAUAAGUGUGAUGUGUAUAGCUUUGGAGUUUUGAUGUUGGAACUAUUGACUAGAAAACAGCCUUCUGUGAUGUCCAGAGAUGGGGCACACUUGGUUGAUGAGUUUGUGUCAGCUGUGGGAAAUAACUGCAUGAUUGAUAUGAUAGACAAUAAUAUAUUGGAUCGAGCAAGUAGGGAUGAGAUACAAAGGACUGUACAGCUUGCCUUGACUUGUGUGGCAAAGACAGGGGCUGAGAGACCGUCUAUGAUUGACAUUGUUGGUGAGCUUUGGAGCAUACAAGGACGAAACAGUAAAUAAAGCAGAAACUGUGCUUGAAAUUUCAGGUUCAAGCUUUUGAUUAAAUGAAAUACAAGAUCAAGAACAAUCAGCAGAAGAUAUCAGUAGGCAAGUAAUUUGUAAGUUGUAAGUGAUUCUUUAUGCAUUCACAACAUUCAAUAACAAUAUGAACCAAACUACCGAAGUAAAUCAAACAAUAUCAAAACUUACAUUUUAAUCAUCUCAAAAUUACAAUGAAUGUUGUAUUUGUAAAUUAAAUUAUAAUUACAAUGAAUGUUGUACACAACCUUUUUGUGUGUAA